GGGGACUGAGGAAGGGGAGGAGGAGGAGGCCUGUGGGGCUCGGGUUGUAGUCCCUAGUCCCGGACGGCGACGCAGCGCUCCUGAGGCCGGUCCCCACAGCGGUGCCGCCAGCCCAGCACGGACUCUCGCACAUUUUGACGGAAGAUUACUUUCAAAGGAUGGCAGGCCUGCUGUGAUAAAGAUCAUCGCUCUCUGCUUCCUGCCCACCUUUGGAAAGAUUUACGCUAUCCUAAUUCUCCCCCAAGAUCGCCCCGGAAAGUUUCAUAUCCUCUCAGCCUGACUGUAUGCUUAGUAUGCGGAUUGCACCUCUUCACUAAUGAGAGGGAGAAUGGGGACCCAGGGCAGCCCAGUGAAGAGCUAUGAUUAUCUGCUCAAGUUCUUGUUGGUGGGAGACAGCGACGUGGGCAAGGGAGAAAUCCUGGAGAGCCUUCAAGAUGGAGCGUCGGAAUCACCCUACGCCUACAGCAACGGGAUUGACUACAAGACCACGACAAUCCUCUUGGAUGGCAGGAGGGUCAAGCUGGAGCUCUGGGACACAUCUGGCCAAGGGAGGUUCUGCACCAUUUUUCGAUCUUACUCCAGAGGAGCUCAGGGAAUCCUCUUGGUAUAUGACAUCACCAACCGCUGGUCCUUCGAUGGCAUAGACCGAUGGAUCAAGGAGAUAGACGAGCAUGCCCCGGGCGUGCCCCGCAUCUUGGUCGGCAACAGACUUCACCUAGCCUUCAAACGGCAGGUCCCAACCGAGCAGGCCCGAUCCUACGCUGAGAAAAACUGCAUGACGUUCUUUGAAGUCAGCCCAUUGUGCAAUUUCAACGUGAUCGAGUCCUUUACAGAGCUGUCUCGCAUUGUGCUGAUGAGGCAUGGGAUGGAGAAAAUCUGGCGGCCCAACAGAGUGUUCAGCUUGCAAGACCUCUGCUGCCGCGCCAUCGUCUCCUGCACGCCCGUCCACCUGAUCGACAAGCUGCCCCUCCCCGUCACCAUCAAGAGCCACCUGAAGUCCUUCUCCAUGGCCAACGGCAUGAACGCCGUCAUGAUGCACGGCCGCUCGUACUCCUUGGCCAGCAGCGGAGGUGGGAGCGGCAGCAAAGGCAACAGCCUCAAGCGCUCCAAGUCAAUCCGCCCGCCCCAGAGCCCGCCCCAGAACUGCUCGCGGAACAACUGCAAGAUCUCCUAGCGAGCCUCGGAGGCUCGUCUCCCUCCGAACACGCAUCGAGACCUGCUUGCCAAACGUGUGGAUGUUUACGCCCAGGUCCUCAUUCUGGCAGGGGUCUUUUUUCCCGAUGUGGCUCUGGCAGUGGGCACCCACGGGACUGGCGAAGAGCUCGUGCCCUGGCCUUCAGCUGGAGGGGGUCCCACGUUGUGGCAAAGGGGAGGCUGUGCCAAGCCACCUUUGCCAAGAAUGCAGUGGGUCUCACCCUCCACUUGCUUGGGGGAAUGACGUUGCUGGAGUACAUGAGGGGGGGGGGAUUCUGCCUCAUACUUGGGGUAUGGUGAGACCUUGUGCUGCAACUUUAACCCUCGGGCUCCCAAGCAGGAUCGCUGCCGCCGCAGCCAACCGUGAAGUGAACCAAGCCGCCGCGACCUGGAAAUCCAACCCGACAGAGUCCUGUCUUUAUUCAACGGACCGUGGGCCGGCCGGGAUUCCGCAGGACGCAGGCCACUUGACAUUUUCACCUAUUUAUAGAAAAAAAAAAAUCGUAUAUCUCACUACUGUUUCUAAAGGGGGUUUUCUUUUUUUCCUUUCCUUUUCUUGUUUUAAGAGGAGGCCAUCAGGGGAAAGAAAUGUUUUAUGUAGCCUUGUAUAUAGAAGUGCUGGACUUGGAAUCCUGGGGCUCACUGAAGGAAGUGGGGAAAGCCGGCAAGGUCGGGGCAGAAGGAUCAGAUGUUCUAAGAAUUGUAUAAGAGGCACAGGGCUGGCCUUGAGAUCAUUGUUUUUGAAAUCAUUAUUCUAUAUGUGGGGGGGAAAGGAAAGAUUUGCUUCUGUCGCUCUCCAACCCAGAUUUCGGAGACGUUCGUGGCAACGGGCACGAGGCACAAAUGGAGAAUGAGGGUUUGAAUGAUGUCAUCCAGCCGGGGUGGGAGGGGAGAGUGCCCUGGACACAUCUGGGGCUUGUUAAUGGCUGAGAAAGGGGUUGCUCUGGAGGCGACCUUGCCUCCUGGGGCAUCUAGAGGAAACGUUUGGCUGGCCCAGGUAUCUCAAAGCAAGAGUCAUGGCUUGAGGCAUUGGGGGCAGGGAGAUAAUGCUCGUGCCACCGAAUGUGCCGCAUGUUCCCUGGCCGAAUGGGGUUAAUCCCACGCGCUUCUUCGCUGUUGCUGGGAAGCCCAGCUGCAUGCUGUGCAGCUCUCUAGAUUUACCUUAUGGCUCAGCUGUCCUGUUUCGAUGGCUUCCCCAGGCCGCAGAGGAGAGAGAAGCUUAAAAGAACCCCCGAGAGAGAUCCAGGAUUUUCUGGUUUCGGAAUACCCUUUUUCACUCUCUCCAGGAGCCUCACGGGAUUACCCAGAGCUGCUGCAGGAAGCUGUUCCCGAAUGCUGUGAGACUCCGUAGUUUGUGUGUGAGCAGGACUUUUUUUUUUUUGCAAAGGAACUCCUUUGCAUAUUAGGCUACACCCCCCCCCCCAAUGUAGCCAAUGUAGACCUUGUAAGCUCUUGGAGGAUUGGCUUACAUCAGGGGGCUGUAGCCUAAUAUGCAGAGGCAUUCCUGCUACAAAGAAAUAAAAAGCCCUGCUUAUGAGAGAAAGAAUGAGCAGGGUUCUUGGCCUGGGGGGAGGAGGUGGUAGGCAACGGAACAGUUCGAGAUGUCCAACCCAGAACCCAGGUGGCCUCUUUAGUUUUGCAGACCAGAAGCUUUUGCCAGAUGUCAAGUGGAGAAUCUCCACUCUUGGGGACCCUUUUGAUUCAGUUGGAUAUUCAUGGGGCCAGGUGGUAGCUGCCACGUCCUCCUGUCUCCCUGGAUCAUGGAGGCUCUUGGAGCUGCCAGCGCUUCAGAGAGGAACAGGACCUCUGCCCGAAGUUGUGAGCAGCACCCUGGCGGUUCCUUCUGCAAAGCUUGGUGGAAAAUACCCUCCAGCAUCUGUAAAGGUAGUGAAGGAAGCUAGCUCAGCGGGGUAGGGGGCUUUAAACACUCAACUGUAGCCCAUAAAAGGCACAGUUGUCGAGUUCCUCCGCUUGCCAGCUCCGUUGCCUCCUUUCCUCCUCUUGAACCGGGCAGAUGUCUCUUCCCGGGUGCUUUCUCUCUCCUGGGCCAGAAUCGGCCGCCCCGCCAUGUCACGGAUCAGAACGGGCGGCAUGACGCUGCCGGAUGCUCGCCGGGCAGCUGACUGCCUGUCCUGUUUGAGCACUUUGACGGGAGCCUGGUUGGCACAGCUCGCAGCGCGUGGACCACUCCGGGAUCACUUGGCAUGAAAGGCGAGCCGCUGAGCCCUCAGCGCUGGCACGAGCUCAAACAGUUCAGCAGGGAGAUAGGUCAAGGGCAGGGGAAAGCCUUUGGCGGCAUCUCCGCCCAGCCGCAAACAAAGCCAGAGCCAAAUCCAGGGCGAGUGGCGUGGAAGCCGAGAGAUUUACGGGGCAUGUCCGCACGGGGCACCUGUCGCCGUUAGCUCAAAAUGGAGCAGGAGGCGAUCGCUGACUCAAUGGGCCUGGCAUUCUGGGGAUGCGCGCCGAACAGGUGACCACCGAGCGGCCCAUCUUUUCCACCCCGGGUUUUAAAAUAGCCACGUCCCAAAAACAGCCCUAGCAUGUGCAUUGUUUGCUCUGAGGAAUUGCAGGGAGCCCCCUGUCCCAUUUGGCAGGCUGUAAAUCCUCCCGUAUUGUUCUUGCACCGUUUCAAUAUAGCUUUUGUGCAUAGUUGGGUGGAAGGGAGGGGGCUGUGGGCCGUUUAUCUUAGGGCAGGUUUGAAGAUGCUGUGCAUUGCAAAACCAUGUUUGACUUACCUGUUUCUUCUCUCCCAGCGACCUCCUCCUGAAUUGUACACGUCUGCUUAUCAGCCUCACUCACCUGUAAAAACGCCUCUGAACAUUUCCUUCCCUUUUCUUUAUUUUCUAAUCACGGCAAACGCGUCCUCUUGGAAUGAGAUUCUCUGGAAUGUCCGCCGAUCAAAGCCGAACCCCGCCCUUACCCCUUUUACAUUAUUUUGUUUUAAUGUCCAACUCCAAGAAUGUGACCUGAUGACGGAACACUAGAAUCUUAGCUGCUCUCCCAAACAUUCGUACCAUUCCUCCGUUUUUAAUUCCUUUGUACAGUAAAUGUCGUCGUUCGACCGGGAUGGUUUUUAUAUAAAUUAAAAGCGACAUCUUGUUUCAAAAACCA